AUGAGAAACCACACAAUAACAACUUUUAUCCUGCUAGGACUGACUGAUGAUCCACAGCUGAAGGUUGUGAUUUUUAUCUUUCUUUUUCUCAGCUACGUGUUGAGUGUAACUGGGAACCUGACAAUCAUUUCCCUCACUUUCGUAGAUUCUCACCUUAAAACUGCCAUGUACUUUUUCCUACAAAAUUUCUCCUUCUUAGAAAUCUCAUUUACAUCUGCUUGUAUUCCCAAAUAUUUGUACAGCAUAGCAACAGGUGACAAGAAAAUCACAUAUGACAAUUGUGCUAUACAAAUUUUUUUUACUGAUCUUUUUGCGGUAACAGAAUUUUUUCUCUUGGUCACCAUUUCUUAUGAUCGAUAUGUAGCCAUCUGUAAACCCUUACAUUACGUGACCAUUAUGAACCACAGGGUCUGUAGAAGACUCAUCCUUUGGUGCUGGACAGCUGGCUUGCUCAUCAUACUGCCCCCUCUUAGCCUGGGCCUAACUCUGAAAUUCUGUGAUUCUAACGUUAUUGACCAUUUUGUCUGUGAUGCAUCCCCACUCCUAAAGUUCGCAUGCUCAGAAACAUGGCUCAUAGAGCAGAUGGUCAUAAUCUGUGCUGUGUUGACCUUUAUCAUGACCCUCAUAUGUGUAAUUCUAUCCUACAUGUACAUCAUCAAGACCAUUCUACAAUUCCCUUCUGCCCAGCAAAGAAAGAAGGCAUUUUCUACCUGUUCUUCCCACAUGAUUGUGGUCUCCAUCACGUAUGGAAGCUGUAUUUUCAUGUAUGUUAAACCUUCAGUAGAGGAAUCAGCAGCUAUUAAUAAGGGUAUGGCAGUCCUCAUUACUUCCAUUGCUCCCAUGCUGAACCCCUUCAUUUACUCCUUGAGAAACAAGCAAGUAAAACAAGCCUUCAAUGACUUAAUCAAAAGAACUGCACUGUUCUUAAAAAAGUAA